AUGGAAUUUGCUAAGGCUCACAACUCCGCAAUUUUUCUCGAAGACCCUCCUGCAGCUCACAAUGACUUCAAAUUCAUUAUGGAUGGUUUGAAGAAAUCUUGCUUGGUCCAUGCUCUAACUACAUGCCCUGCUAUCUACCAGAGUCUGAUUAAGGAUUUCUGGAGGAGUGCUGUUGUGAAGAAGAAUGAUCAGGGUGAAAAGUUUGUUGAAGCAAAUAUAGAAGACAAGAAAACUCAAGUAACGGAGAGCAUCAUUAGAGAAUCUCUCCAAAUAGAACUGCAUUUCCGUAGAAGAUUAGGAGCAAACGAGAUUUCCCUAGCCAACACUGGUGCCAUUGCAGCAUUGGCUGUAGGAUUUGAGUUCAAUUUCUCAAAAUUCAUAAUGAAUGAGAUGAUUCUAAACCUUGAAGGGAGCAAAAGGGAAAAAUUCUUGAUGUAUCCGAGAUUUUUGAAAAUCAUCUUUAAUGUGACUCACCCCGAGCUGCAGAAAGGAAAUGAUACCUUGGAUUUCAAAUCCAUUGGUCCAAGUACUUUUGGACUAAUGAAACAAAAGAGAGGCGGGAAAUUUGUAUUUGAAGGAAAAUUUCCAUUGAUAAAAUUUGGAAUUUUUAAAGAGAAUGAUAGAGAAGAAUCAGAAGAGCAAUCCAUUCUGAUGGAAAAUGAAGAUUUUUUUCAUUCUCACUCCGAACCAGAAGUGGAGGAGAUUCAUGAUUCUCCCAUAACUUGUGUGGCUGAUGAGCAUGAUCCUCAGAAAGAAAAUGAAUCAAAAUCUACUCAAGAAGAUGAUGACGACGAUGUUUAUGAUGAUGUAGAGUUUUUAAAAGAAAUUGACAUUAGGGGGAUCAAUGACGACAUUCCAACAAACAUAGAGUUUGAUUUUGGCAAUGAAAAUUUUGAUCCUUUUCUUGAAAUUCCCAGCAGUUGUGUUAACAAAGUCAAUGAAGUUUCUUCUUUAGCAACCAAGAAUAGAGAUGAAGGAAAUGUUCUCAAGAUUCUACUCUCUACGUUAAAGCUAUUUAGGUCGCACCAAGCCAAGGAGAUGUGA